CAGCUCGUUCAGGUUGUCACAUAUUGUUAUUAUUGUUAAGCAGGAAGGCUCCACGUCCACGCAGGUCCAUGUUGCUUGUGGCGGUCCAUGUGGAAGUACAUGAAGGCGGUCCACGUUGUUUGUCUUCCACCCGAAGAAGAAGAGGACGAGUGUGGACGUGAAGAUGUGCGGAGGUGCGGCGGAGGACUACUUUUUUCUUCUGUUUCUUCUUUUUCUUCUGCUGACGUUUGACCGCUGUUGCUGCACCCCAACCGACAGGAGAGUGUGUCAGGGCGCCAGCAACCAGCUGACCUUGCUGGGCACUCCUGAAAACCACUAUGACAACAUGCGGAGGAUGUAUGCCAACUGCUCCGUGGUCCUGGAAAACCUGGAGAUCACGCACACUCUGCAGCACCAAGACCUCUCCUUCCUCCAGUCCAUCGAGGAAGUCGGCGGCUACGUGCUCAUCGCCAUUAACGAGGUGCCAAUAGUCCCUCUGGUCAACCUGAGGCUGAUCCGAGGUCAGAACCUCUACGAGAGUCAGUAUGCCCUGUUGGUCAUGUCCAACUACCACAGGAACUACUCGUCCUCCACGCUCAACUUCACUGGUGGCCUCAGACAACUUCAGCUCAGCAGCCUGACCGAGAUUCUUCGAGGAGGAGUUAAGAUGACCCACAAUCAUUUGCUGUGCAACAUGGACACAAUCCAGUGGUGGGAUGUCCUGGACAAAAGCACCAAUCCCAAGUUACUUUUAAAGAUGGACGAGUUUGCACGCAACUGUGAGCCCUGUCAUCCAUCAUGUAUCAACGGGUCGUGUUGGGCAGUCGGACCGGAACACUGCCAGAAAUUCACCAAGUCGCAGUGUGCUGAGCAGUGCAGCCGGAGGUGUCGUGGCCCCAAACCCAGCGACUGUUGUAACGAGCACUGUGCGGCGGGCUGCACCGGACCCCGGGCCACAGACUGUCUGGCGUGCCGGUUGUUCAAUGACGACGGGACCUGCAAAGACGCGUGUCCUCCUGAGAAGCUCUACGACCUGAAAACACACCAAGUCAUCAACAACCCUAACGCCAAGUUCACCUACGGCGCCACCUGCGUCAAGUCCUGCCCACACAACUACGUGGUGACCGGAGGCGCCUGCGUGCGCACGUGCGGCGCAGGCAUGUACGAGGUGGAUGACAAUGGCGUGCAGCGCUGUCGAACCUGUGAGGGAGCGUGUCCGAAAGCUUGUAAUGGUGUCGGCGUGGGGUCUCUUGUGAAUGCCAUCGCCAUCAACGCCUCCAACAUCGAGUCGUUCCGAAAUUGCACCAAGAUCAACGGCGACAUCUUCUUCAUUGAGACCUCCUUUACUGGCGAUGCUCACUAUAAGAUCCCGCCCAUGGACCCGGCCAAACUGGAAUACUUCCGGACCGUAAAGGAAAUCACAGGAUUCCUGCUGAUCCAAUCCUGGCCCAAGAACAUGACGUCUCUAUCCGUGUUUGAGAACCUGGAGAUCAUACGAGGAAGAACCACACGAGCGCAACACAGCCUGGCUGUGGUGAAGGUCCAGAAUCUGCACUGGUUGGGUCUGCGUUCCCUGAAGGAGGUCAGCGCCGGAAGAGUGACCCUGAAGGACAACCCUCUACUGUGUUACACUCGCAGUGACCAGUGGGCCCGCCUCUUCAAAUCAUUGGACCAAACCAUCACGCUGAGAAACGUGGCGUCACCCCAACUCUGCCAGCAACAGAACCACACCUGUGACAUGCAGUGUACAGACCAAGGCUGCUGGGGCCCCGGGCCAACCAUGUGUGUUUCCUGCCGAAACUUUGACCGCAGGGGGUGCUGUGUGGCUUUGUGCAACCUGCUGCAUGGGGAGCCCAGGGAGGUGGAAGUGAACAGCAGCUGCGUGGAAUGUCAUGCCGAGUGUCUUGCGAUAGAAGGGACGCCAACCUGCUAUGGCGCGGGUCCUGACCAGUGUUCCCAGUGCGCCCACUUCAAAGAUGGCCCCCACUGUGUACCACGAUGCCCUCAUGGUGUGAUGGGCGAUGGCGACAUGAUGAUCUGGAAAUACGCUGAUAGUGCUGGCCAGUGCCAGUCAUGUCACCAGAACUGCUCCGAGGGGUGCACAGGUCCUGGACUGGCGGGAUGCUCAGGGGCUUCCUCACACUCCACACUCGCGGUGGGUGUGGUCAGCGGGCUCUUGGUUAUCGUCCUCCUGUCAUUGAUGGUCUCUGUGUUGCUCCGGCGAAGGCAAAUCAAGAGGAAACGGACUCUGCGGCGCCUCCUGCAGGAGAGAGAGCUGGUGGAGCCGCUGACCCCCAGUGGCGAGGCUCCUAACCAGGCGCUGCUGAGGAUGCUGAAAGAGACGGAGCUGAAGAAGAUUAGGGUUCUCGGUUCUGGCGCCUUUGGGACCGUGUACAAAGGUUUGUGGAUCCCUGAUGGCGAGAAUGUGAAAAUCCCAGUUGCCAUCAAAGUACUCCGAGAGGCGACGUCGCCCAAAGCCAACAAAGAAAUCCUGGACGAGGCGUACGUGAUGGCGAGCGUGGACCACCCUCAUGUGUGCCGCCUGCUGGGGAUCUGCCUGACGUCGUCUGUGCAGCUGGUAACUCAGCUGAUGGCAUACGGCUGCCUGCUGGACUAUGUGAGACACCACCAAGAGAACGUGGGCGCUCAGUGGCUGCUCAACUGGUGCGUCCAGAUUGCCAAGGGGAUGAGCUACCUCGAGGAGCGCCACCUGGUGCAUCGAGAUCUGGCAGCGAGGAACGUUCUGGUGAAAACUCCCAAUCAUGUCAAGAUCACAGACUUUGGUCUUGCCAAACUUCUGACGGCUGACGAGAAGGAAUACCAUUCUGACGGAGGAAAGGUUCCGAUCAAAUGGAUGGCACUGGAGUCCAUCCUGCAAUGGACCUACACACACCAGAGUGACGUUUGGAGUUAUGGUGUGACGGUGUGGGAGUUGAUGACGUUUGGUUCCAAGCCGUACGACGGCAUUCCGGCCAGCGAGGUGGCGUCGGUUCUGGAGCGAGGCGAGCGCCUGCCGCAGCCGCCCAUCUGCACCAUUGACGUCUACAUGCUGAUGGUCAAGUGUUGGAUGAUCGAUCCGUCCAGCCGACCCAAGUUCAGGGAACUCGUAGUGGAGUUUUCCAAGAUGGCACAGGAUCCGUCAAGGUACCUGGUCCUGGAGUGUGACCCUCCCAGCCCGUCGGACAGCAGGUUCUACUCCCGCCUUCUGAGCUCAGACGACGCAGAUGAUGUGGUGGAUGCCGAGGAAUAUCUGUUGCCUUACAAAGUCUCCAGUAACCAUAGCGACCAUACCUGCAGCACCGUGCAGGCUCAUCCUAUGCGCACAAACAGCGUUGCCAUGCGUUACAUAAGCGACCCGACUGGCAACAUAGCUGACAAAGACGACCUCAGUGUCCACGAGUACAUGAACCAGGCUGAUAGCGGGUUCACCUGCAGACCCUCAGACGUCCACAAUCCCAACUACGAAGACCUGAGUCCAGUGUGGGGCGCCGCGUCUCUACCUUUCCGACCGGGAAAUAGAAAAAUUGUCCAGGAGGGACCAGAGUACUUAAACACAGCACAAAGCUCACUGCCCCGCAUUGCCAGCCUCGACAACCCAGACUACCAGGCUGACUUCCAGCCCCGGGCCACGCCCUCAAACAUGGGUACCAGCGGUCUGUUCCUCCCGGCUGCUGAGAACCACGAAUACCUGGGCCUGGCUGGUACAAUGCAUACCUCUGCCUGCUAGGGCCAAAUGUGACAAUAUUGACACUUGAUCUGAUGGUAAAAUCAGAUCAAGUACAGUCGCUGUUUUAGCGUCCAACAGCAACAGAAUAAAAACAGACUUGUAUGUCCAAGUCUUUUCUGGUGCAUGAAUUCAGUCACAUGAUCAGCGAGUUCCCACCUACUUUGUUGACCACACUGCACUUAAAAUGUUCUUUCGAGUUGUUCUCGUGUUGUUGAUGUAUGAAUGUUGACCACAAUGAGCCAGACACUGCUUGACAUCACCGAUGUUGACAUUUUAUUGUAUGUAGCUUUAGCCUCUAGCUUUGUUUUUAACUUUAAUUUAUGUUUGUUGAGCCAUUUUGUAAACAGCACAGUUGUUUUUUUAUUCAUUAAAACUCAAAUUUCUGGAG